CUCUCCUCUUUAUUGUGUCGAUAUACGACUGGGUUCCCUGUGGGCACCUGGUAGGGGGCUGGUAAAGAGAUAGUAGAUAACUUCCGUGGAAUGGCGUCGAAGAAGUAGGUCAAAAACACCAUGAUCUUCAAUUAUUAGCUAACGACAAUGAUCAAUAAGUACCAUGAAGAAUCUUCAAACAGCCUUUAGCUAUGUCGCUACAAGCUCCGUACUAAGGACGAGGUUAAAGCAUCUACAAUUUAUCGAGGAGCAAAUCCGUAGAGCCCUGGAAAUCCUGCCUACUUAUGUUGUUGGUGCGGAAAAAGCUGGGCAUCCCGUGAAAUGUCUCUUGGACAAUGCCUUGUCGAAACUUCACGAUUUAACACUUCAAUACAGAGAAGACGUUAAUGCUAGUCUAAAGGCUUCAAACAUCACACAGGAAGAGCUCUCGGACUGGAAGCAGCUAGGAGAGGGGGGCUUUUCCAAUGUUUUCAAGGCAAAGCUAAAAGGCAAUGCAGUUGCUAUCAAAGUUCUCAAGAACUUUGCAGAAUCAAAAGCUCUGUUUAUAGAAGGCAACUUACUGAGGGAUUUUAGGCAUGACAACAUUGUUGCAUUUCGGGGUAUGGGAUGGCUGCAGUGCGAUAUUAAACCCUUGCACCUCACUGCUCACAGCCCAUACAUUGUCAUGGAGUACAUCCCUAAUAACUUGUAUCGUCAUGUUGAGAGCCAAAGGACUCCUGAAUCUCAAGGCCUUCCCCUUGGACAAGUAUGGUCAUUCAGUGGACAAAUAGCGAGUGGGCUGAUGUACCUACAUGGUCUGAGCCCACCUAUCAGCCAUCGAGACCUCAAGCCUGACAACAUUCUACUAGAUAAAAGGAGCAUGCGAAUCAAGUUGGCUGAUUUUGGGUUGUCUCACCAAGUGGCUGUAACAACAAGUGGGGAGAUGUCACUAUUUCAAGCACGCUGGGCGGCGCCUGAAGUCUGGACUCAUGAUGUUGGGAGUGAAUACCAAGAAGAAUAUUAUCAAGAUGACAAUGCACGAUUGCCAGAAGAUGAAAACUUUGGAUUUGAUGAGGAUACAUUUUUCUUACGCGCAGACAUCUAUUCGUAUGGUCAAGUACUUGCUUACAUGAUCUCUGGUACUUGUCCAUGGGCUGGCCGAAAUUCAGUCAGUGUUGUAGGGAUCAGGGAAAAUCUUUUUCAACAAGAAGACAAAGUUAAGGUUCCACCGGAUCUGAAGGGAGACCUCAGAAAAAUCAUAGCUUCUUGUCGCGAGAGUGAUCCAGCCAAAAGACAAACUUCCAAGGAGCUUGUUACACGGUAUUUCUCAACCGAUGUUAACCCGUACCAAGCAGAGGUUGAAAGUGCUGAGUUUUUCUCGUGUGGCUUUCUGAAGGACACACGGAUUUUUGUAGCUGACAGUCUUGUAUCAGAUUCCAGUGAAGGCUUUAUAAAGACCAAGGAACAGCCUGUGGGGUACCCCCCUGAGUGUCUAUUGUGUGAGGUCAAGGUUGGUCUGAAAGAGUUCAACGACUGUCCUUCAGAGUGGAUCUACGAGCAGAAAUACCGCGAACACUAUGCACACUUCAGACAGGCCGCAAUAGACAAGAAGAUCGAAGAUAACCCUGCCAUCGCGCUCAAGAGCCUGGCUACGCCCCGGGAGGAGGAGGAGGAGCGGCAGGAGGUGUUGCUGCGAUACGCACAGUCUACCUACUGCCACCAUCGGGCUAUGCGGGAGGUGUGGAUGAAGGUGUUGGACGAGCAGAAAAGACGGGACCUUGUUCCAUGCAAGAGUGUCGUCCAUCCUUUGUUUAGCACUUCUUUUGGUCUCCACGUGGCCGUCCUCACGGCAGACUCACCCAGGAAGUUCAUCUUCGCACGCAGAGCUAACCGAGAGGGACUAGCUACUCCAGGCCAAUACACGUGCGGAGCCGUAGAAAGUGCUUCCGUGAAGGACUACAAGAUCAUUGACGGACAAGAGUAUGUUGAUCUGGUAGAGACAGCAGUCCGAGGACUAGAGGAGGAACUCCGUGUUGAACUCAUCGGCGAUGAUCGACAGGCUCUCUGUCUAUCUACCGUCUACCUCAAGUUCGACACUCACGAGUGGGGCAUGUGUGGCUUCGUGGACCUUUCAGACGAGCGAGUGUCACCCGAGCGUCGACUGACAUUCGACCAGCUUGCCUCUCGGUUCAGCUCAGGACCAAAAGAUAAAUUUGAACACGAGGAAGUAAAAGCUGUGGAUUUCGAGUUGGCAACUAUGGUGGAAUUCGUACGUGAGAACUUUCAGGACUUUGCCAGCUCUGCUAAGUUAGUGGUUGUUAAAGUUUUGCAGUCUUUUUUCGGGUUGGCAGCUGUUGAACAAGCUUUCAAAUCUUAUGAUAGCUAGAGAACAAGUAGGAGAUCUUUUUAAAGGAGCGUGUAACAGAUAUAUUUAAACGGGCAUGUAGUAAAGAAUGUCGAUCAACCA